AUGCCGCCGCAGCACGCACCUAGCAGACUGUCUCGACAGGAGAGUCGGUCGAGCUCAUCACACGAGAGGGGCAGUUCUGCUCCUCCACCAUGGAAUGACAGUCCCUGGGAUGCCGAACCCGACGCUCUUGGUAGCUCAGCGCUACCGCGUCAAAGACCUCGCGCCCAGCACGCGCCUGAUUAUUGGAAGGCAUUACCUGAAGUUCCUUCACGCUUUCGACUCGGCGAGGACGAGCUGCCUUGGUCAGCCUCAUCGUGGCCAGGCGAGUUCGGCAUGCCGGACGAUUAUGAAGUCGACGACUAUUCUUCCGAGGUGUCCUUGAAAUUCCGCGAUGUUUCCACGACGAAGAUCACGCCGGGUUCCAAGGAUAGGGACGACCCGGGGCGGAGGCAAGAGCUCGAGGCGCUCUCUGCAGCCAUGAUGACGGUCGACAACGGUUUUGAAAAUCAAUGGUGGUACCAGGGAGAGCGGCAACAGACAAUUCCGCUGGCAGGAGAUCUGCUCACAUCCACGGCCCAUGGUACCACCACAGCGACUGCGCAGGCCAUACCUCAAACACCUAUGCCACCACCCUGCCACGACAGCAGAGAGUCUAUGGGAUGGGCCACCGAUCAGGGCGGCUCUCGUGACACCAUGAUGAGCGGCACCUUGUGCAACCCGAGUGUUCUGGUCUCGCCCAUGUCCGAGUACGCAAGCCCGCGUAUCCACCGCUCUAUGACCACGAGGUCCGAGGAGCUGUUCCUGUAA